GGUCUACCUAGUGCCAUAUUGCCUAUGCCAGGGCUGUAUGACUUUAGCCUUCCAGCUGUUGUUGGACUACAACUCGUUCGUUUCUGGGUCCAAUUCAAGGCUUAUGGAGCAUUUGAACAGAAGGGACAUUCUUGACACCCCGACUCCCCCCGUCUGCCUUUUUUUUAAUGCUUUAGUUUACAAACAAUGGCUUUCCAGGAUCCUCCGAGUCUCCGCAUUAGUUUGCCUAUAUUUCUACUCUUUUUGGAAAUUGCUUUCAUCCUCAUAUUUGCCUUUUUUGUUGAAUAUGAUGAUCAAGAAGACCUCAGUAUCUACCCAGCAUUUCAAGAUGUGAACGUCAUGGUGAUGGUUGGAUUCAGCUUCCUUCUGGCCUUCUUGAAGAGAUACGGCUUCAGCAGUGUGGGAUUCAACCUUCUUCUUGCUGCCCUGGGAGUUCAGUGGGCUGUGCUUGUGAAUGGAUUCUUUUUCCACUUCUCAGAUGGGAGUGUGAUGAUCAAUCUACACAGCAUCUUAGCAGCCCUCAUGAGUGUAACCACAGUGUUGGUAUCAGUUGGGGCAGUACUUGGCAAAGCUAGCCCAAUCCAGCUGACUUGGAUGGCUGUGAUGGAACUGACUGUUUUCAUUGCCAACAGAUGGAUUGCCGUCCAUUUUCUCCAGAUUGAAAACCACCUAAGCCUGAUGCAUGUCCAUCUGUUUGGGGCCUGCUUUGGCCUGAUGGUCUCCUGGUUUCUCUAUCAUCCCUUGCUGAGCUCCAGAGUUGAGAGAGAAAGGUCAAGUCGAGUGUCUGAUCUGCUUGCAAUGCUGGGUUCUCUCUUCCUCUGGAUGUUCUGGCCCAGCUUCAAUUCUGCCCUGGUAGAAAAUACGGUGAUGAACCAGAAGCUCCGUGCUGUCUGCAACACCUACUUUGCCAUUGUUGCAAGUACCGUGGCUGCCUUUUCACUCUCAGUGGCGACCAGCAGAAUUGGAAAGUUCAGCAUGGCCCACAUCCACAACGGCAUGCUGGCAGGUGGGGCUGCUAUUGGUUUCUCAGCUCCCAUCAUCCAACACCCAUGGAUUGCGAUUGCUUUGGGUCUGGGGGCUGGCACCAUCUCUGUAGUUGGACUUGCCUUCAUACAGAAACGCUUGGAUCCAGCAUUCAGGAUUCACGACACCUGUGGAGUCCUUUAUACAUUUGGCUUGCCCAGUUUGUUGGGAGGGAUAGCCCACAUCAUAAUUUCCAUAAAUGACCAUGGAGGAAGCAUAUCAGUGGUAGGUUAUGCAGCGUUGCUUGAAUUCGGUGCUCUCAGCCUGAGCAUUAGCAUGGGUUUGGUCGCCGGCUUUUUUACAGGUUUGUUCUUAAUGAAUCCAUUAUGGAAAGCACCCCCUGAAACAAAUCCUUUUGAUGAUCAAGCUUAUUGGGAGUUCCCCCAUUUAGCUGCUGGCUACUGAAUACACAUAUCCAGACUGCAGCCAACGAGACACUGGAAAGAAUCACUUUCCACCUGCGGCCAUAAGACAGUGUAAAAAUGAGGUUUAAUAUCUGCUUUAUUAAAACCACCCAAAGUUC